AUGGCGCAGUCGUUCCUCAGAGAGUCCAACAUGUCAUCCAAGACAUUGUCUACCUGCUGCGCACGGGAUCCGUGCUUGUCGGCGAUUGAAGUGCUUAUCGCCAGAAUGUACCAACGCUGUCGCAUCACGCCUCUUGCGGCGCGACCGUGGACUCCGCGACAAGAUGAUCGACCGACCAACACAUUGGCACCACCAGUUCUGUGA